AUGGCUCUCAAGGCUCUCGUCGCCCUUGCGGCUGUCUUACCCGUCAUCGACGCCCGCCUCAUGUCCAGGGCGGCGAACCUCGCCCAAGGCGUUCGGAUGAUGAACAUGGCUGCUGACGGCCAGCAGAUCAGCCUUCAGAUCGGCAUCAAGAUGCAAAACAUUGAAAAGCUGGAACCGAUGCUUCGGGACGUCUCGGACCCGGACAGCCCCAACUAUGGAAAGUACCUGACGGCGGCCCAAGUCAACGACAUGUUCAAGCCGGCCCAAGCCUCAGUCGCCGCCAUCCAGACCUGGCUGGCCAAGGAGAACGUCAGCGACGUCUCAUACACGGACGGCGGUCGCUUCGUCAACUUCGCGACCGAUGUCUCCACAGCCAACAGAAUGCUCGGCGCGAGCUUCGCCUACUACGACGUCCAGGGCACUAUGAAGCUGCGCACGAAGGAGUAUUCAGUCCCGGACGCCAUGGCUGAGCACAUCGAGCUCCACAAAGGCGGACCCGGCCUUCACCAACGCCGAGCUGCCGCCAAUGCCCGCACCGCUCGCCCGCAGACAGGCCCCGGGCCCGGCUCCACAACCAAUUGCUCCAAGGUCUUCACGCCGGCGUGCUUCGAGCUGGCCUACAACUACGGCGCCUACCAGGCUGAUCCUGCGGCGGGCAGCCGCGUUGGCUUCGCCAGCUUCCUCAACGAGUCUGCUCGCCAGGAUGAUCUUACGACCUUCCUGAACAGGUUCCAACUGCCGGCCCAGAAGUUCACUAGCAUCCUCGUCAACGGCGGACAGGACCACCAAGAUCCCGCCGGCUCCAUCGGCGAGGCGAACCUCGACGCCCAGAUCAUAGCCGCCACGGUCAAGACACUCCCGAUUACGCAGUACAUCACUGGCGGCAACGGGCCCCUGACUCCCAACCUGCGGACCCCGACUCAGGCGGAGAACCAGAACGAGCCGUUCCUCGACUUCUACCAGUUUAUGAUGACGCAGGAGAAUGCCCAGAUCCCGCAGGUUCUCUCCGUGUCGUACGGUGACGACGAGCAAACCGUGCCCAUCGAGUAUGCCACGCGUGUAUGCAACCUCAUCGGCAUGAUGGGCCUGCGCGGCGUCACCGUACUCGAGUCCAGUGGUGACACGGGUGUCGGCGCGCCGUGCCGCGCCAACGAUGGCAGCAACGCUCCCCAAUUUACGCCGCAGUUCCCCGCCACAUGCCCGUACAUUACCGCCGUGGGCGGCACACAAGCGUUCGGCCCCGAGACCACCUGGGUCGCUUCCGGCAGUGGUUUCAGCAACUACUUCAAGCAGGCGUGGUACCAGGAAGGCGCCGUGAGCCAGUACCUGGAGACCGGCAUCACGUCUGAGACGAAGGCUUAUUACAAGCCGUUUACCAACUUUAGUGGCCGAGGGUUUCCUGAUAUCUCGGCACACUCUGCCAGCCCUCCGUUCGCCAUCGUCAACGCCAACAAGCUCGUUGGUAGUGGAGGCACCUCGGCUUCCUCCCCAUUGGUUGCGGGAUUGGUUGGCCUUCUCAACGAUGCCAGAAUUCGCGUGGGCCAGCCGACCAUGGGUUUCAUGAACCCGUGGCUUUACAAGAGAGGCUUCAAGGGACUGACGGAUGUCAACACUGGCAUCGCUCAAGGAUGUGGCGGUGUUGAUUUGCAGUCGGGUAAGCCCUUGCAAGGUGCUGGGGUUAUUCCCUUCGCAUCAUGGAACGGCACUCAAGGAUGGGACCCUGUGACAGGGCUGGGUCUUCCCAACUUUGAGCAGAUGAAGGCAAUUGCUGUGAUGAAAUAG